AUGGCUCCUUCAGCCGCUCGUGCCGUGGACAGCAUUAUACCGGUCCUCGACCUGACAUCGGUGCCACCGUUUUGGCGCCGCAAGAACGGCAUUCUCCUGUACUUUCUGCUCACGUCGUCGCUCCUGGCGAGUGCAGCGCUGGGUAUCGAUGGGUCCAUGACGAACGGCAUGCAGGUUCUGCCUACCUGGCAGGAUCAAUUCGGACACCCGACUGGCUCGAAGCUGGGCUUCUUCGGCGCAGCCAAUGCCAUCGGUGGCGUCAUUCCCUUCAUCUUCCUCAACUGGAUCGGAGAUAAAAUGGGCCGUCGAUUGCCUACAGCACUGGGGUCCGUCGUCAUCAUCACCGGCGUCUUGGUGGAGUUUUUCGCAACGUCGCUGAACAUGUACAUUGGCGGCAAGAUUGUGCUCGGCAUCGGAUCAUCCUUGAUCCAAAUGGGUGCGCCGGUUUUGGUGACCGAGUUGAGCCACCCAAAAGAACGAGUGCAAGUCACAACGUUUUACAACACAUCCAUUGUAUUGGGCUACGUCAUUGGCGCCUGGGCUACGUAUGGCUGCUUUCGCAUUCCUGGUUCCUGGUCGUGGCGGCUCCCGACUUUGAUACAAGUCGUCCCCUCUGCCUAUCAACUCUGCCUCAUCUACUUUUGCCCCGAGUCGCCGCGCUGGCUCGUCGCCAAAGGACGCCCCGACGAGGCGCGCGCGAUCCUCGUCAAGUACCACGGCGAAUGCGAUGCCAACUCCCCGCUGGUCGACUCUGAGUUCCGCGAGAUACAGCAAGCGCUGGCCAGCGAACGCGAGCAAAACAUGACCUGGAAGGCCUUUUUCUCGUCGACGGCCAAUCAGAAGCGCAUCGCACUCUGCUUCGCCACGGCCAUCUUCAGUCAGAGCUCCGGCAACCUGCUCGUGUCCAACUACCUCGCGCAGAUCCUCAAAGAGACGGGGCUCAAGUCGGACAAGGACAUAACCCUGGUCAACGGCAUGGUGACGCUGUGGCAGUACAUUGUCUCCCUCGGCGUGACGGUCAUGAUUGACAAGUUCAAGCGGCGCACCUUUUUCGUCGUCGGCUCCGGCGGCGUCGUCGUGACCUUUGUCGUCUGGACCGUGGCCGCGCAGCAGUACCUGGCGCACAACUCGCUCGCGGCCGGCCGUCUUGUGCUGGCCUGCAUCUUUGUCUUCCAAGCAUUCUACACCUUUGCGUGGACGAACCUGGUGGUGACGUAUCCGCUAGAGAUUGUAACGUAUCAGAUGCGCGCCAAGACAUGGGCGUUUGUGCUGCUGACGAUCCAGGUCGCCUCCAUCUUUGGUGGCUACGUGAACCCGAUUGCGCUGCAGAACAUUGGGUGGAAGUUUUAUAUUUACUACUGUGUCUGGGUCACCAUCAUCUUCCUGGUGGUGUACUUCUUCUUCGUCGAGACGGCGGGCCCGACGCUGGAGGAGCUGGCCAACCUGUUCGAGGGCGACGGCGCCAGGAGGGAAUUCGCCGAGAAGGCUGCCAAGGUGGAUAGGGAGGACGCCAUGGCGGAGGAAAAGGUGGCGGUUUAG